CACUGAUCACCCUCUGUGUCACUGCUAAACUGUUCCUAGAACCAACAGUGAGGAUGUGUGGGAGGAGUACAGCAAUGCAGUGCAGAAUGGAGGGUUUCCUGUAUUGCUGAUGACAGGUAGGAAGCUGCAGUGGACUGGAGUCCUCUGCAAUAAAUCUUCAAGGUGUUUUACAAGCACCGUGUUCCUCUGUAAAGGGAUAUGUUACAGAGGGACAAUAUUGAUUUAGGUGAUUUAUUUUGAGUACAAACGAGAAAUGAAAUCAGUCAAUUAAUCUAAACACAACAAUAGCUGUCACUUUAAAUGCAGAAGUCAAUCCUGAAAGCAGCCAGAUGAGGGGUAUAGAAGUUUUCCUUGAAGGCAGGGACCCCUCUGCUAUGCGCUCCAUUUCUCCUUUACCCCCCCCCCCCCCCAUUCCACCUUCCUAAUACUCCCCCCACCCAGCCCUCCCCACUUACUUCCACUGCACAGAGCAAAUCCAGAGCCUGCAGUGCCUGAUCGUGCUAACCAAGAGAUCUAUUUAGGCAAUAUUAAACUCUCAGCUCUUCAGAGAGGACAAGACUGGAAGGCAGUGAAGGCAGACUUAAAAACCAUCACUGGACAAGUGGGCAAGGGUCAAAUCUAUCAAGGGAAUUCAGACAUAAAAAAAAGAUCACCUUCAGCAGAGCAGCAGCUGGUCCGAAGCUUGAAAGCAGGAGAGGAGAGGGGCUGGACGGCAAAAACGAGCAGAGAAAAGUGACUGGAAUGAUAAGAUGAGAAGCAGGGAUGUGCUGCUGAAGCUCUCCCCUAAUGAGGCACUUCUGGAACUCCUGCUUGUGUUGUCGCUGGGGUUGCACGUCCUAGCCGUUUGCCCCUCCAUGUGCUCCUGCAGCCGCAGCCACAGGGAGGUAGACUGCUCAUGGAGGGGUCUGAGACAGCUGCCCGAUGACCUGCAGUACAACAUGCGCUCCCUGAACUUGUCCAACAACCGGUUUCACGACCUCGAUGGCCAUCUCACUUCAUACACCCAUCUUCGAUUCCUCGAUUUGUCCCACAACCGGCUGAGCCACCUUCCCGCCGGCUUACCUCGUUCCCUCUGGCAACUCCAUGCCGCCUCCAACCACCUCCAGUUGCUGGACAAGAACGACACGGUCCACCAGUGGAAUCUGAGACUUCUUGAUCUUUCCAACAACAAGCUGGAACGGGCUAUAUUCAUCAACAAUACGCUGAUCAAUCUGGACACGCUCAAUCUUAGCAACAAUCACUUCUGGACCUUGCCCACCAACAUGCCUGUGAGCCUGGAGAAUAUCGACCUGUCCCACAAUUUGCUGGUGAAGGUGCUGCCGGGGUCUCUGGAUCGUCUCCUCAGGCUAACUCACUUCUAUCUCCAUGCUAACCGCUUUUCCACGCUGCCGUUUGGAGUGUUGGACAAGGUGACAUCCCUUAGAGUCAUCACUCUGGGUGACAACCCUUGGGCAUGUCACCUCUAUGACGACAUAACAUACUUACUCUCCUGGACUCAGCAUACCCCUGCUCGCGUCCUGGGCUGCCCCUGCCACAUUCGGCCUGUCUGUGGAGGGGUGCGCCCCGGCAGGACCGGAGGGUGGCAUUUUGCCUCGUAUAACCUCCCCCCACUGGCAGCGAGUGCCCAGGACUUGAGCUCUAUGCCCCCUGAUGCCAGUGUGACAGGGUGGUGGUAUUCUUCUGGUUCUGCUCUGCAAAGCACCACACAAACCCCCGAUGCGAUUACAUGGCACCACCCUUUCACAGCCAUUAGCACCUCCACCCUGCGACCUGGAAGCUCAGACACACACCUAACUAUUAAUCACAUCUCUGCAUUUGCUAGUCCAGCUGCCGAGGAGCAUAUGCUCAACACUGAUUUCAAUCUCUUCUCUGGCACAAAGAAAGACUCAUCCGCUGACUCGCUCCACACCACUGACGCAUCCUCUUUUUCUGACAGAAGAUUCUUUGCUGAAACACCCAUCAUUGCUGACGUGACGUUGGCCACAGACGGCUUCUUUACAACAGAGAGCUCCUCCAUCCAAACAAAAAAGACAACCACUCUUCGCACCAGGAGUGUGAGGAGGAAAAAUCAGUCCCUUUAUAACAGUGGCCUGACUCUUGCUGCCAACUCCUGGCAGCAUUUCCUGUGCAACCUAGUCCUUCUGUGUGUCAUUCUGCAACAAGUCUUCUGAAAGACAUUUACAGCACAAACACGACACAAAAGACUUUUAACUGUUGUAGUACUUUUAUGUUUGUAUAUCAACAGCAUUUUCAACAAAAGGCACACAAAUACAAAGGCUGUAUGAGGAGUUUAAUAAUUCCUGCUACUUUUAUAAUAUUCGCUUAUCGCAUUUCUUUUCUAAUAAUACUUUUUACAAGCAUCCACUUUAAUAAAAAAAAAUGUGUAUCUUUUAUUUUUCCCAUUCUCUCCAAAUACUUUCUGCAUUUGGCUAAUGUUGUUAUGUAUUGCAUUGGCUUUCAAGAAGUAAAAGCUCAUGGUUUUGAAUUCAUUAUUUUAAACAUUGUGCCUACACUGUUGAGUAAGCUUCUUUAAAAGUAAAAAGCUUUGCAAGGCAACGAUGACUUUGCACGGGGAAACAAUUUAACAAUGGCAAGAGCUUCCCUAGAGAACUUAGUUUGGUAACUUAAAAGUAGGUUAAACUACUGUAAAGAAGGAUCAUAUUUACAUUGUACAUUGGACACAUAUUGUUAACACAACACAAUGGAGAAAGGCAUAUGCCAGAAAAUAAUGUCACUCAAUGAAGUGGUGCAGGAAUUACAUUGAAGUUAGCAUUACACUGAUUCCUUUGACAAAAAGAAAUAACAUUUUUCCAUUUGAUUUUGGAAUGAUGCAGACUCGUUUGCAGCAUAAUGAAGAGUAGUUUCAUUUAGUCACUCUUAGCAACCACUUAAAAGCUUCUAAAAUUGCAUGUUUUAUGUGCUAAUACAAAAAAAGAAAUGCCCCACUUGGGGCAGAAAUGGUGAAACAGGGUUGCCCAGAAUGCAUUGUAGUUCGAGCAGUUGACUACAAAAAAAAGACAAAACUUUAGAAGUAAUACGCAGCUAGCUACUGUAAAAUUCAAAUACUGGUUUAAAUGCGAGUAGUUCACUACUCCCUAACACUGUUUGCCUAUUUGAAUAGAUGUCCUUGAUGCAUGCCUGCCUGUUUCACAAACCAUAACCACAAAUCACUCUCUCCCUUCAUUGCGGAAAGGGUCGAUGUAAGACACUGGCCAUGCCAUGUGCAGACCAAGGAAUCAAAAGAGAGUGUGUGGAGGGGGGAGGGGGGGACCAAUGGACCAUGUUGCAUCACUAUCUUUAAAAAAAAUGCCAAGUACUGCUUCUGUAUUUUGAUCACAUCUUAAACUUAAGUGUCCUUCAUGAUUCACUGACGCUUGUGAAAAUGAUGUGCAUGGCGAUUGAGCGCUUCAGGAAUACUAACCUAUAUUGCCAUAUUGCGGCAGAGCAUUAAGGCACAGACAUUCUCAGCCUGCUUUUAAGAUAAUCCAAUCUCGGUUGCAUUAAAUGUAGAAAAAGUUUUACAUUUUAGAAAAACCUUGUUCCAAGAGGUGCAAACAUAGUAGAAAACAUAUCAUGGCAAGUUGCUUUUUAUACAUUUAAGAAGAAUUCAGAGCCAGGGAAUCACUUCUCCAGGUGAUUUGUGUAUUGUUAAAUAAAAUUGCUGUGAUACUUACACCUCUUGAUGAUUGUUUGAAUUGUGCCUCAACGGUUUUUUUUCACAUCACAUUUUUUUCUUCAUUCUACAAGGCUGCAACACUGGUGUUUUUAAUUUCAAGCUCUUUUCACUGAUAGCAUCUCACAGGAGAGGGCAGACCCUGCUUUGUUCUUUUGAUAAUGUUCAACUAU